AGUUCGCCCGUAGAAUAAAGCCUAUUCUCUAAGUUCAUAUCUUGGAGUUGAGAAUACCUCCAUGAGUUGAGUAAGUGCAUGCCCAUGACCCCACCAUAAGUAUUCGUACUUUACAAAAAUUUUCCGGCCGAAUAUGCCAAUAGGCACGAAAUUUGAUGGACAGACAGUCCUCAAUCUGUGUGGACAGGGGGUGGUCAAUGUAAUGGCCAGCGGCCAAAUAAAGGAUGGCUUUGACCCAACCCUUUAUCAGAAUGUCCAGGACUUUGUCAGUGACAAUGAUGAGGAGGAGUUGCCAGUGGCAUUCCCGGAUCAACAAUUACCAUCUAUAGUUGCCCGAGGAAAUUUGGGACGAAGUCUGCCCUCCUCAGUUUCUCCCCAGGUGAUGAAUAUCCAGCGAAGUGAUAGGAGAAUACCACUGACAGGACCUACAUGUACAACAGAUGUCCCUUCAGUUAAUACAGGAACAUACAGCCAGUAUGUUGACUUGAAUGUUCAUCAAGAGGAUGAUGAUGAUGAUGAUGGAGAUAGAGAGGAUGAGGCACUAAACCAGGCUAUAAGAGCCUCUCUUGAAGAUAGAAACAAAAUUGAUGACACUACUACAAUUAGAGAUGAACUCGUGCUACCUCAGAGCCAAAUAGACGAUGACAAGACAUCAAAGUUUAACGUCAACAGACGAGACGUGUUUGAUGGGGCAAAAAUUGGCUUUCGAAGGAAGUCGUAUAGCCCCUUCAAUGGAAUGUCGGUUGUUUUUACAGACGGCAAGAAAGGCGAGGGGGCUAUCGACAUUGGUGGACCAAAAAGAGAAUUCCUUCGUCUCUUAAUGGCCAGUCUGCAAGGUCAUAAGGUCUUUGAAGGACCACAAGACCGUAAAGUGCUGGCUCUGUCUGCCUCUGCUCUCUCUGACGGGGAUUACCAGUUGGCUGGGCGGAUGAUUGCCGUCUCAGUCAUACACAGUGGCCCACCCCCUGGCUUUUUUAGCCCAACCCUCUACGAUUGUGUCGCAUAUGACCAUGACAGACGACAAGAUCCAACAAUUGAGGAUGUGGCAGACCUAGAAGUACGCAAACAGCUCGAAAAGAUAAGAGAAGCAAGAGAUAUUGAGACACUUCAAGAAGCAGUCACCGAAGCCUCUUCUUUCCUUAGUUUGGCUGGUUGUCUAAUCCCAAUUAGGACUGUUAAUGACAGGGAGACAAUCGCUAAAGCAGCUGUUGCCUUCUAUGUUGUGGGACGUGUCCAGUCAUGCUUGGAAUGCUUCAAAGAUGGCUUAAGGACUUUGGGGUUGUUGGCCACUGUCCGACAACACCCAACAUUGUUCAAGGACAUUUUCUGUCAUCAGCCAAGCCCAUUGACAGCUGAGAGUGUUGAGGAUAUUUUCAAAUUCCAACUCGCGGAAAAGGAUUCAAACAAAUACGACACUGAUCUCAAAGUAAACGGAUGGUGGAGAGACUUCCUCCAAGAUGUCCAAGAGGGAAAUGCGGAAAAGGAGAAGAUUAGCAUUAGCCUUUCAGACAUUUUAAUAUUCGGCACCGGAGCAGCUCAAGUGCCGCCAUUGGGCUUCAUGCCCAUCCCUUCAAUUGAACUGUCAUAUCAAGCUCCUGUUGAUCCGGUAACAAAAAAAACCCUGACGCACUUCCCUACCUCUAAUACGUGCGCCAACUUGUUGCGGCUGCCUGCUACCCCGUAUUAUAGUACCUUCAAGAAAAACAUGGUGUUGGGAAUUGCCUGUUCCCCUGGAUUUGGAUUUGCCCGAGUUGUUCCAAUGAUACCUUUGACAGACCUACUAUCAAGGAUGACUGAAUGCCUUUGUCUUCAAAAUCAUAUGGUGCAUUCUGAACUUUUAGAGGAAACAAACAUGGACUAUUUCAGUUCCUCCGUCUUGUUUGCUUCAGCAACCCUGUCCAAACCUUGGGGAAAACUGAAGAUUCUCUUGUGCCCUUUGUGAUUUUCAUUGUUUUUCAGCAGACAAGAAAUUAAAGAACACACUAUUUGGAAAUACCUUGACGCUCUACAUUCGAGUUAGCAAAACUGAAAUUAGAUAGUAUUUUUCUGCUGACAAUUUAUUGAAAUUAUAUUUUUAACAUGUAGUGAGUAGUUUGUUCUGUUAUGUGUUGCUUCAGGUGUCCACACUGGUUUAUUUUGCCUACUGUUGGCCCAUUGGUGUGGUCAGUUGACGCUCUACAUUGGAGUUAGCAAUUACAUUGCAUCUUUCUGCUGACAAUUUAUUGAAAUUAUAUUUUUUUAAUGCUGGUGAAAUUAUGUUCAGUUUGGUGUUCUUUCUUCUCUGUUGCUUCAUGCCUCCAUGUUAGUCAAUUCGCAUGGUGAGCUGAGUCUGAGGCUUCACUCUGAUUUGGACACAGUGAAUUGAGU